GAGCAACCUACAAGGUCACCUGGAAAUCGGAAGGUCUCCGCUGCCUGCUGCUGAUUACAAAUCCAGGCGUCGUGUACCUCUUGGACGAGCGGAACGAAGCCUACCGAGUUUCCGGCUUGACUUUCCCCUACUCGGGGAACACCUCGAAGCAGAUUUUCACAACGCUGCUCGACGGAGAACUCGUCUUCGACCAAGACGCGGGUAAAAGCAGACCGCGCUACCUCAUCCACGAUAUUCUGCAUUUCCGAUGCAGCGCAGUGCGGAAAAUGGACUUCAAUGUGCGGGAGCUUUGCAUCCAGAAAGAGAUCAUCGAAGCCAGGCGGCAAUCGGCGCAGGCUGGCGUCUUCAGUCCAGUGGACGAGCCUUUCUCCAUCCGGAAGAAGGAUUUCUUCCCGGUCAACAUGACUGGGGAGUUGCUCGCGCCGACUUUCAGAUCGCAGGUCCCGCACAGAGUUGACGGCGUCGUGUUCAAGCCGGUCUACAGGUCAUACGCGUCCGGAUGCGAGGACGGCAUGCUGGAUUGGACCUUCCCGCGCUCAAAUGUCGGGGACGCAUCGAUGUCGGAGAAAUCUCUCCUAGAGGCUGUUCGUCUCGCAGCUGCAAGAGGGUCGGCGCGACCAUCCCCAGCCAGCGAGGACGAAAGGCCCAGCAAGAGAAGUCGGAACAUUUGA